GUGACUGGAAAUCUGUUCUUUGUCAUCCAUGCCUAAAAGAUUCUCUGCUAAUGUGGGUUGAGCCACAGUUGGAAGAUUUAGUAUUUUUAAGGAAAAUAACCGAGGCUACGGAAUGCACCAGGAUUGUGAGCGUGGGUGCAGGCUGCGGUCUCUUGGAAUGGCUCUUGAAAGCCGCCGUAGGAGUGGAGGUGAUCGGCCUGGAAAUAGAUUCAAAAUGGUGGAGAUCGCCUUAUUCACCGCCAAGUUUCAUUCCUCUGGUGUUUCCCGAAGAUGAGCGAUUCUUUGACUUGGCCGAGAAUGAAAACUCAGCACUGAUGUUCUGUUACUUUAACAACGGACCUGCAUUUAAUGAGUACCUGAAUAGAUACAAAGGAAACUGUGUUAUUAUCAUCGGCUCUGAGCGACACGGUGUCCACACAGACCCGAAACCGUUCGACUUACAGAAUUCCAGCUCAGGUUGGAGCUUGUACUCCUCAAAGAAAAUCAGCUUGUCGAAUGAUAUAAUGGUUGUGUACACUCGAAAUAAAUGUUCCUUACAAUGAA